CCCGGAUGAGGCUGAGCUGGGGGGUCUGUAGCUGGAGCGCCGGAGGAAGAGCAGGAUCAGCUGAACUACAGAAGAAAUGAAAAUGUUCUCCUAAAAUUCAUCACCAACAAAAAGGAUAUUUAUCAAAGAGCAAUGUUAAACUGCUGAAAGAGGUGAAGCACAAGCCAUCCUGAAGAAUCUCCAGAACACGCAGAAAUUGUUUGAUACAUUUAACAGACAAAUGAAGCCAAGUCCCAACAUGGAGAAACAGCAGAACUCUGUCAAGAGUUUUACUAAACAGAGUAAUCUCAAAAAACACCAGCGCAUUCACACAGGAGAGAAACCGUAUCAGUGCUCAGAUUGUGGGAAGAGUUUUACUAAACAGAGUAAUCUCAAAAAACACCAGCGCAUUCACACAGGAGAGAAACCGUAUCAUUGCUCAGACUGUGGGAAGAGAUUUAAUCAAGGCGGUCAUCUCCAACACCACCAGCGCAUUCACACAGGAGAGAAACCGUAUCACUGCUCAGACUGUGGGAAGAGAUUUAUUGAACAGAGUACUCUCAAACGACACCAGCGCAUUCACACAGGAGAGAAACCGUAUUACUGCACAGACUGUGGGAAGAGUUUUAAUAGACUGGAGACUCUAAAACUGCAUCAGCGCAUUCACACAGGAGAGAAACCGUAUCACUGCUUCAAGUGUGGGACGAGUUUUACUGUACAGAGUAAUCUCAAAAUACACCAGCGCAUUCACACAGGAGAGAAACCGUAUUACUGCUCAGACUGUGGUAUGAGUUUUACUCAACAGAGUCAACUAAAACUGCACCAGCGCAUUCACACAGGAGAGAAACCGUAUUACUGCUCAGACUGUGGGAAAAGUUUUAAUCAACAGAGUACUUUCCAAAUACAUCAGCGCAUUCACACAGGAGAGAAACCGUAUUACUGCUCAGACUGUGGGAGGAAUUUUAAUCAUCAGAGUAAUCUCAAAAACCACCAGCGCAUUCACACAGGAGAGAAACCGCAUCAUUGCUCAGACUGUGGGAAGAGUUUUACUACACAGAGUAAACUCAAAAAUCACCAGCGCAUUCACACAGGGGAGAAACCAUAUUACUGCUCAGACUGUGGGAAGUGUUUUACUACCCAGAGUACUCUCAAAAAACACCAGCGCAUUCACACAGGAGAGAAACCGUAUCACUGCUCAGACUGUGGGAAGAGUUUUAAUCAACAGAGUCAUUUCAAAACACACCAGCGCAUUCACACAGGGGAGAAACCGUAUCACUGCUCAGACUGUGGGAAGAGUUUUACUUCACAGAGUGAUCUCAAACGACACCAGCGAAUUCACACAGGAGAGAAAACUGUCCCACAUUUGUCCCACAGCAAUUAAAAGUGCAAAUCGUAAAUCUUUCAGACAGAACACCUUAUCCUACACAAAUAUUUCACUCUGUCACUUGGGACACGUUCCACCAAAAACAAACAUGAACUAAAUUUAAUCAUGGAUUUAACAGGUUCAGCAAAAUGAAUCUUAACCAGGGAUGAUGUUUAUUGAAUUCCAUGUUGUGUUUUCUCGUAUGUUUAAUAUUCCAGGACAUUCUUUGUGAGACAGAGUUCAGUUCUGAAGAAGGAGAGGUAUUUUGGGUUUGAGUGAGGGCACUGCCAGUGUGUGGACACUGAGAGCUCCCAAAAGUGAGACCCAGAGCCACAGAGAGACGACACUGUGCCGGGUACUGCCGUGUUGACCGGAGGAGCCUCCAGACCCCGCAGAGAGGCCAACAAAAUCCUUUCCAGAGGUUAAAUAAAACGGUCAGCCGUAGUUCCCAUACUGAAAUCAACCUCCUCCAGGCUUGUGUAGUGCAGUGAGGUUGUGGACACAUUUACUCCCUCUGCUGGUGUUCUCAUUUGUCUAUGGUUCAGUCGUUCUGAUUAAAAAUCUGUUACCAUAGAAGGAUAUAGAUGGAUAUUUGGUCAUUGUAUUACUCAAGUUUUAUACUCGCUUAUCUUUUUCUUAUUGAAUAUUAUAUGUUGCUGAAGGUUUUUUUUUUAAUCUUUUUUAAUCUUUACUAAGAAUAUCCAAAUCAUGUAGUUUUUAAAUUGUUUUUAUCCACUACAAACUAUUAUCUUUGUAUUGCUUCACCUCUAUAUUUACUCAUCUGUGUGUCUUAAUAAAUGGCUUUUAUAUUGCA